AUGGUCGGGGUUAUUUGGCAUGUGAUGUUACGGCCCCGUUUAGAAAAACUAAUCAGCUUAGAUGCACGCACUAGGGAACUUAUUGCAUCGAUAGAGAAAAUUGUUGAGGAUACUGCAGAUGUUCGACAUUUUCGUGAACAGUUGGAUACAUAUCAGGAUGAAAUCAGAGAAAAUAUCUCAUCAAUGGGCGCUAUAAUGGAGGAGCAGAAUUCCCGACGCGGUGGUCACUUGUUUGCAAACUCCUCAAACCAUUCAGCGACAUACAGCAAGGAACAUCUAUCAUUGUUACAGGCUAGUUAUCGCAAAGCAAUUUUCAAGGCUUCUCAGCAUUUGGAAUUGUUGGAGCGUCGGCAACUGAUGAGUCGUUCCACCGGUAAUCAGCCGUCUGUAGUUACUGGUGCGGAAAAUUUGGCAGAUGCCUAUCAGACCUCGUUGGAGCUCACUAGAGAUAUGACUACCUACGCUCGACAGCUGGCAGACGAAGUCAAACUAGGUGCAAUCAACGCGGAAUUACUUGAGGAUUCUUCUAAUCAAAUCGCAUCCAAUUUUUCGGGCCUCAAAGAUAUGGGUGGUCAUGUGGGUCAGUCCAAACGUUUAACGUCUUUGGCCUACAGAAGACGAUUAACAAGUUAUCUAUUAUACACACUCGCCUUCACGUUUUACUUUUUCAGUGUGGCUACUAUUUUUCUCAAUCGAAUUCCUUUCGGAUCCUGGUUUCUACCUUCAUCUUAUUUGUGA